AUGGUGGGGGAAACAGCGAAGAGGAAGGAAGUGAUGCGCAGAGCACUUGGACAGUCGAAGCAGGCAUUUGGUGCGGUGAUGUACGGUUUGUGCGUGUCGUUUGGUCGUGUUGCGUAAUCGGUUGAAAGGAGGAAGCGAGACAGAGGGAAACGCAUUACAAGUCGUAGAGGCAAAUUCGACCGUGCCUCGCGCUACCGUAAACGUAACGACACUGCCUGCAGCGGAUCAAGAGAUAUGUCGCAGAGUGGAAGCAAACAUUGCUAGCAUUGUGAAUGACACGACUGGAUUUUCCGCCAACGGAUCGAUAACGAACGACGAGAAAUUCGACACGGUUAAAAUGUCGUCGGCGAUCAAGUCCAGUGGCACGCCGGGCAUUACCCCGCUUCUGCCCGUGCUGCGCCAUUGUAAGUACGAGCAUUUCGUCGCUGGUAUAUCAGGCGGUGUGGUCUCCACGCUGAUGUUGCAUCCUCUGGAUCUGAUCAAGACCAGGUUCGCAGUUAGCGAUGGCCACUCACGUGUAGGUCCACAAUACAGUAGUCUUAAAAGCGCAGUGGUACAAAUUGUUAGGAGUGAAGGAGUCAAGGGACUCUAUAGAGGGGUAACACCAAACGUUCUAGGAUCUGGCGGUGCAUGGGGUUUAUACUUCUUUUUCUACAAUAGCAUUAAAGCAUGGAUCCAAGGAGGAAAUAGCAAGAAGCCAUUAGGACCCUCAUUGCACAUGUUCGCCGCUGCAGAUGCUGGAAUUCUUACUUUAAUUGUGACAAAUCCACUUUGGGUGGUGAAGACACGUUUAUGUUUGCAGUAUAUGGACGAUAAACAUCUUCCAGAAACGCUUAAAUAUAAGGGCACAGUAGAUGCAAUUAGAAAGAUUUAUAGAACUGAAGGACUUAGAGGCUUGUAUCGAGGUUUUGUACCUGGAAUGUUUGGUGUCUCGCACGGUGCUAUUCAAUUUAUGGUGUACGAAGAGCUGAAAAAUUGGUAUAACAAUUAUUUGAAUGUACCAAUUGAUACUAGGCUGAACACGUUUGAAUAUAUCUUCUUCGCAGCGAUUUCAAAAUUGAUUGCCGCGGCCUCGACUUAUCCUUAUCAAGUUGUUAGAGCACGCCUUCAAGAUCAUCACCACAACUAUAAUGGCAGUAUACAUUGCGUUCAAUCGAUAUGGAGGUCAGAAGGGAUAAGGGGUUUUUAUAAAGGCUUAACUCCCUAUCUUAUACAUGUUACACCAAAUAUUUGUUUAAUUAUCGUAAUUUAUGAAACAUUUUCUAAUGUGCCUACGCAUUAAUCUAAAAUUUUUAAAUGUUAGAAGAAGACAAGAACGUAUUAGUCCCAUUUAAAUAUUCUAUAAUUUUUCAAUGAUAGACUUACACUUUGAUAUUAGUUGUUUUUCCAGCCUGAAACGUAAUUUUUAAGCUGACAUUCGAUAAUUAUUAUUUGGAACGAUUUUAUGUGGAUUGUACUUUAAAACUUUUUAUUUCAUUUUGUCGUUUUAUCUCAUUCGUCGAUUUGGAACAGUAUUAUUAAAAAAAAGAUUAUUUCUAAGCAUGUAUAUUUUGUAGGAAUGGUAAAAUAAUAUAUACAUUAGUUUUUAUUUUCAAAGUGUAAAUUUCUAUCAGCUGCUUUUUAUUAUUAAUUAGAAUCAGACAGUUAAUUGAUAAAAUAAUAUUGAUAAAUAUUCUUGAAAAAUGUUUUGUUUAAAAAAACAAAUAUAUUCCAGCAGCAUAACCAAAAAAGAGAUUUUUACAAUAGUUGUAAUGAAUGCAGUUAUUUAAUUCAGUCAGGUAAUAUUUUUGUGAAUUCAUUUUUGAAAAGUAACUUAUACUGUAAUAACAAAUAAUGGGGAUAAUUUUGUUGUUUUUGAUAAUAGUACUUUAUCGCAGUCUUUGAACGAUAAAUGCCUUGAUAUUCUAAGGAUAUAUUUAAUUUUUUUAAAUUUACUUUUGAGAACACAAACAAUCCAUUAGAUUUUUUGAUACUAGAACAAUUAGAAACAGUCUCUAACAUUUAGUAUUUUACGAUCAUGAUAUGUACUUAGAUGACUGUUUCGUGUAAUAGUGGAACAUUUUAAAAACAAAGAUGACUAAAAACAGUUCUUAAUUUUAUUUUUGAAAUAUACAAUAAUUUACAGAUCAAUCAUAUAUUUCAUUUAUUUAAUAUUUCGCGCAUAUAGAAUAAUUUUAUUUGCUUUUAUGAAGCGCGAAAAGGAAAACGAAUUUUAUAUAAAUUUUAUAGAAAUCUUAUUAGCAAUUUUUUUUUUGAACUAACAUUCAAGUCGAUAAUAUCUAUCAGGUAUUAAAUGUUUUCUUUUUAAAAUGAAAUUAUAUUUUAAUAGCCUUAUCGUAAACUAA